CACACCCAGCCGUCGCCAUCGGGCCUCACCAAUGGCGCGGCAUCCAUUCCGCGCCCUCUUUCCAGUGGUUUCCCAGUUGGUGUCCGCCCGCUCCCGCCGUUCGUCGGCGACGGCGGCGUCGCCCUCUCCACCCCACGUCGGUGGGAAGGCAGCUACAGGAGCGGCGGCGGAGGCCGCGCACGCUGCCGCCUGCUCCGCUGGGGAGGCGCCCCGCAAGGCUUUGCGCCCUUUCGACCUCCUGAGGAGGAAGAAGUACGUCUUCGCAGGCCUCCUCGGCUUCUUCUACCUGCACAUGAUCAGGCACGCACCUCUUGUCGAUAUUAUGUCUAUACUGAGAGGAUUAAGAAAACCCAAAGAAGAAGACGAAAAGGUUGAGGAUGUUGGCUCAAACAAAGAUCCUAUCAACUCUGAAGCUGACACAGAAGAGGUGAAAGAGGGGGCUGCCAUCUCAGCAAAGAGUUCUGCACCUGGCUUGCACGGAGAUAAUGCUUAUGACAAAAAAGAGAGGAAGGGCAAUGCUGGAAUCUCAGCAAACAUGGUACUUAAGAUCCCAACGACUCCCGGUUCCCACCUUGAGAUUGUUAUCAGAGCUGAUAUGCCGAUGAAUCAACUGGCUGCCUUAUCCGAGUCUGUAAAAUCCGGAAAUUUCACAUUUAACCAGGACGAUCUAAGCAUUGCUUUGAGACAUGCCGCAAAUGAUCGCAUCACUUUCCUGAAAAACAAAGAAAACUUUGUCUUAGAGAAAGAUAAAGAACAAUUAAAACUUGAGCAGGCUGCCGUUGCUAAACUAAAUGAGUUGAUUGAAAAUCUUUCAGCACCACCAAAACCUGAAUCUGAUAUGCCAGCUUUAGUUGAGGAUUUGCUUAAGCAUUGGUUCAAUGAUUUGGUGCUUUAUCUUGUUACCACUAUCUUGGGAUCUGUUUACCUGUAUCUUAAGUCCAGGAUUGAGGAGCUGAACAUUGCUGAUUUGCUAAAUUUGGCUACCGGAGCAGUGUCCUCCUGGAUAGAGACAGAAAUUGAGAUUCUUCGAUUGCCGGUUUGCCCAUUUUCAGGUAUGAUUGUUCUGUUAGCAGCAAGUGAAACUGUGUUGUCCAUUAGUGUUGAGAAUAAUACUGAACCCGAGGUUGUGAAAGGCCCAGAGUUCACCCAGCUCCCUCAGAUAUCAGACGAGGAUAUGCUUUUUCUGUACAAGUGGAUGCUUGAAGAGUACAGACUGAUGAAACCUAAGAAUGCCGAAGAGAAAGAAAGGAUUGAUACAGCCAAGGCUCUUCUAAAAGAGUUAAUCCGCACUAAAUAGUUCUCAAUUAGAGCAGAUGACCAAAGGACAGUCACAGAGUAACUCUCUCUUUGAUUGCUGGCCGCUUCUGAAAUGAUGCAAUUUUUGGUAGAUUGAAGGUCUUGCCCAGUUUUAUCGCCUCCAGGAUCUUCUGUUUUUUCUCUGUAGCUUCUACGUAUGAGGGAACGGCUUUUUUUUUCUUUUUCUUGAGGUAUAUGUGAGGACACAUUUGUAAUGGAAGUGUGGUUGGCUACGUUUUGGACGCGUGAAGCUAUAACUUGUGGCUGGCUGACUGUUUUGGACAAGGAAUUAGCUUGUGUUGUUGGCUGCUUUUGAGAAGUGGAUUUAGCAAUUUGAUCA